AUGCCUAGUGUGCCCUAUCAACCGGCAGUUGGUGGGGGUUAUGCCUUCGUUCCUCAAGUCGGUGGAUACGCAACUGGGCCAUUCCCAGGACAAUAUUCCGGUCCAGCCCAAGGAGCACAGCAAGUCGGUGGAGAGCAGGCGUCCGCUGGUUAUUCGCAAGGCGGAAAUGCCCCUGUAGCUGAUCAGAGCGUCAAUCUAGCUCCUGCCGGUCAAGAAACGGAAGAUAUGGAAAACGGGGAAUUACCAAAAAAUCUGGACAAAUUUCCAAAGGACUUUAUUUGGGCGAUAGCGACGGCGGAUUUUCAAGUUGAAGGCUCUAAUGAUGUUGAUGGUCGCGGUGUCUCGGUUUGGGAUCGUAUCCGAGAGAUGCCAGGCAGAAUAAAAGGAGACCCACACCCAAACCUUUCUUGUGAGGCCUACAAAAAAUGGAAAGAAGACGUGGAGCUGUUGAAAGCGCUUGGGGUAUCACAUUAUCGGUUCUCAAUUUCUUGGUCGCGAAUUCUACCCACUGGGCGCGCGGAUCAAGUUAAUGAGGCUGGUAUACGGUACUAUCGAGAAUUAUGUGAAGAGUUGGUGAAACAUGGGAUCAAGCCCAUUGUCACUCUUUUCCAUUACGAUAUGCCACUCCCCUUAUACGAAGAAGGCGGUUUCCUAAAUCCCGAUUCAAUCGACUGGUUCACCGAAUUUGCGGAAGUAUGCUUCAAACACUUCGGAGACUUGGUUGAUGUCUGGCUGACCUUUAACGAGAUCAUUUUCUACGCCAUGUUCUCGGUGGUUCCAAUGGAACAUUUGCCAGAUUUCUCUCUGAAUACCGAUCAUGGGAGAUGGAAUCUUACGGCACAUCAGGUUCCAUACCUGGUUGCUCAUCACAAACUUUUGGCACAUGCUAGAGUUUAUAGACUUUAUCGAGAGAAAUUCUAUGAAGAGCAGAAAGGACUCGUCGGCAUCAUCUCCGGUGGUAGAUUCAGCGAGCCGAUUAGCGCUGGACCAGAAGACGUCACCGCCACAAAAAUGUUCCAAAACUGGCACUUCUUCUGGAUUAAUGAUCCGAUAUUUGGAAGCGGUGAUUACCCGCCAGCGAUGCGUCAACGGCUAGACGCAAUGGCCGUUGAGGAGGGCCUAUCUACAAUUCUACCCAAAUUUACUGAUGAAGAGAAGCGGCUUUUAAAAGAGAUUGUGAAAGAGCGAUAUAGCGAUGUUCCGGUUUUAUUGACGGAAAAUGGUUGCGCUGACAUGAUGCCCGCAUCGGCAUUUGCUGAUCCGCUUCAGGAUUAUCACCGGGUUAAAUAUAUCCGUGAACAUGUGGCAGAAGUCGGGCAAGCCAUUGAAAAAGGUUCUUCCGUAAUCGGCUACACCGCGUGGUCCCUCCUUGACAACUUUGAAUGGCUCGACGGCUUUGAAAUGAAGUUUGGACUAUUUAGAGUCGAUUUCGAAUCACCGGAAAAGACCAGAACCCCAAAAGCCAGCGCCAAAUACUACCAAAAAUUGGUCUCAACCGCCCGAGGCCUCGAUCCAAAGAACGAACUU